CGAGCUAUCGAUAUCGUUCACCAGUAGUGAAUGUCAAAAAAGAAGAAGAAGAAAUACAACGUGCACCGCAAAUAUUAUUUGAAAACAUUAUUGUUUAGCUCUAUUUCUGGUUAAUAAAACCAUUACUAGCCCGAUAAUGAAACUCAGCACAUACAACUUCUUGACCUCCAUGGCCAUCAAGGGUGUCAAAGUGGGAUUUCCCCUGAAACUGACGAUUAGCAAAAAGGAAGUGGUCGAAAGCGAAUUUAAUCCAACUUUUGUGGAGAGAAUUCUUCCCAAAUUGGAUUGGUCAGCGGUCUAUGGAGCUGCUCAGGUGGCGGAACUCACAGACGACAUUCCUGCAGUUCAGCCCGAAAACAUUGGGGAGAAUGAGCUGCUUAUGCAGAAGCUUCACCACCUGCUCUUCGAGAUCGACGUGCUCGAGGGUCAACUGGAGUGCCCGGAAACGGGACGUGUGUUUCCCAUCACCGAUGGCAUACCAAACAUGCUCCUCAACGAGGACGAGGUCUAGAUUUCCCCCAUGUGCUUCUUGUACCAAAAUCCCCUCUCUCCAGAUACGCAUUAUUAUUAAGUAAGUUUGUUAGUUUUAAAGUCUGUUUAUUUACGAGUUACUAAAACAAUUGGAGCUUGGAUGGAA